CCCCAAAAAAACUUUUUAAAAUUUUUGACUUUUUUUGGUAAACUCUGAUGUCAAUAAGUUAAUUAUAAAUUCACAUUUUAUAUUCUAAACUCAUGCGCAUUUUUCUUUUUGUAGGAUGAUUUUAUUCUAUGAAAUGGUCCAUUUCAUUUUAUUUGCCUCAGUUUCUGGUGAGUGUGUGACUAAGCUGUUCCAAGAUGCCUACUUUAGAGGAGGAGACCUCAGCGUUACCUUCACGCCAAGCGCCACACACUGCCAGAUGGUCUGCACCCACCAUCCACGGUGUUUGCUCUUCACUUUUCUGGCUGACUCAGCAGCUGAAGAUCCUACCAAAUGGUUUACUUGCAUCCUGAAAGACAGUGUUACAGAAACCCUGCCAAUGGUGAACAGGACAGGAGCAAUUUCUGGAUAUUCUUUCAAGCAGUGCUCACACCAAAUAAGUGCUUGCAACAGAAAUGUUUAUGUGAACCUAGACAUGAAAGGCAUGAACUAUAAGAGCUCUAUGACCAAGAGUGCUCAGGAAUGCCAAGAGAGAUGCACGAACGACAUGCACUGUCACUUUUUUACAUUUGCAACAAGGCACUUCCCAAGCGUACAGCAUCGUAACGUUUGCCUACUGAAGUACACCCAAACGGGGACGCCAACCAGCAUAACGAAGCUCGGGCACGUGGUGUCUGGAUUUUCACUGAAGUCCUGUGCACGUUCGAAUCUGGCUUGUAUUCGGGACAUUUUCCCUCAAACAGUGUUUGCAGACAGCAACGUUGACGGGGUCAUGGCUCCAGAUGCCUUUGUCUGUCGCAGCAUUUGUACUCACCACCCCAGCUGUUUGUUUUUCACCUUCUUUUCUCAAGAAUGGCCAACAGAAUCCGAAAGAAAUCUUUGUCUCCUUAAGACUUCUAAAAGUGGCUUGCCAAGCACGCGCAUUAGGAGGAACAAAGCUCUUUCUGGCUUUAGUCUUCAGAGCUGCAGGCACAGCAUCCCAGUGUUCUGUCACUCUUCAUUCUACCACGACACUGACUUCUUGGGAGAAGAACUGGACAUUGUGGAUGUGCCUGGGCACGAAGCCUGCCAGAAAGCAUGUACCAACACCAUCCGCUGCCAAUUUUUUACCUAUUCUCCAUCUCAAGAAUCUUGCAACGGAGAGGGGGGUAAAUGUUACUUAAAACUUUCUUCAAAUGGAUCGCCAACUAAAAUACUUCGUGGGAGAGGAAGCAUCUCUGGAUAUACAUUAAGGUUAUGUAAAAUGGAUAAUGCAUGUACCACCAAAAUUAAACCCAGAAUUGUUGGAGGAACUGAGUCUGUUCAUGGUGAGUGGCCGUGGCAGAUCACUUUGCACAUCACCUCACCCACCCAGAGACACCUGUGUGGAGGCUCCAUCAUUGGAAACCAGUGGAUAUUAACAGCUGCUCACUGUUUCAACGAGGUAGAGUCACCGAAAGUGUUGCGUGUCUAUAGUGGCAUUUUAAAUCAAUCGGAAAUAAAAGAGGAUACAUCUUUCUUUGGGGUUCAAGAAAUAAUAAUUCAUGAUCACUAUGAAAUGGCAGAAAGUGGAUAUGAUAUUGCCUUGCUGAAACUGGAAACGACAAUGAAUUACACAGAUUUUCAACGACCCAUAUGCCUACCUUCCAAAGGAGACAGAAAUGUAAUGUAUACUGAUUGCUGGGUGACUGGAUGGGGGUACAGAAAAUUAAGAGACAGAAUACAAAAUACUCUCCAGAAAGCCAAGAUACCCUUGGUGACAAACGAAGAGUGCCAGGCAGGAUACAGAGGGCAUAAAAUAACCAAGAAGAUGAUCUGUGCAGGCUACAAAGAAGGAGGGAAGGAUGCUUGUAAGGGAGAUUCGGGGGGCCCCCUGUCCUGUAAACACAAAGAGGUCUGGCAUUUGGUGGGCAUCACGAGUUGGGGUGAAGGCUGUGCCCAAAGGGAACGGCCGGGUGUUUACACCAAUGUGAUCGAGCACGUGGACUGGAUUUUGGAGAAAACGCAAGCAGCCUGAAGGAAUUUCCAGAUGCCGCUCGACUCCCUGAAGGGUAAACCAGAUUAUUCCCUGGAAGGGGGUUUGGACUUCACUUAAGAAGACACUGCACCAUCCUUUUCCUCCACAGCCUACAGUACUGAGACUUUAAGAGACGGAAGGGCUUGGUAUUGGUGAGAACACACCAAAGGAAACAAACUUCCAUCCCACAGUCAUCAGAGUGUGUUCUCAGCAUCCAGCCUCUUGCUUUUUGGUUACACCUUU